AUGCAGUCCGCCAUUCUCCGGUCCACCCUUCGCGCGACCCACAAACGAUCGUUCUCCGCUGUACCCUCGAUGAUGGCGGGAGGAGACACGGGCAACCCAAAGGCGCAUGGAUUUAUGGUCGAGAAAGACCAAUUCACCCGACGUGAGGCUGCGAAUGAGGGAAUGUACAUUUAUGAACUCGAGAAGGAGAAGCUCGAGCUUCUGCGGAAGAAACUGAAGGAACACAAGAAGCACAAUGAGGAACUCGACCAGCACCUGGAGGAACUCCUCUCCGGACAAGGUGGCGAGAAAAACUAG